AUGAAGCCAAAAUUCUGCACCUUGUGCGGAACACACAUUAUUCAAACUUCAGCUGAGAAAUGGGCUAGGGAAUUUCGCGCGAUCUGGAUCCAAGGUAACAACUUGGACGAUGUGAAAGUUUCUGGCGUCGCCGCUAGGGACUGGAACGAUCGAAAUGAUAUCAGCAGCAUCAUUCCAGUGAGUCCAAAUGCACGCUACGAUGAUCGACAGGUGGAUGACGACGGCUUUCCCAUUGAAGAUGAUGAUGAGCAUGAGCCAGAUAUCGAGAUCUCCAUCGUCAAUAUCGUUCAUCCCAAUCCUCCUCCCGAGUGGCGCUGGGGCUUCCUGUUCCACGAUGUUUGCUGGUGUCUGUUGAACUUUGGAGGAAAAGUUGAUCUUGGUGACCUCUUUCGACUCUGCGCCUCAACGCCUAUCGGUCCUGACGUGCUUCUCAACUUUGGGCACGACUAUGGUGGUGUUGCGGCACAGGAUUAUGAAGGGAGCAUCGAGGUAUUGGUGUCUCUCUUUAGAAAGCCCGAAAAGAUGGGAGAAAUGCUCAGGGCGAAUCCUUUUGAGAUCCCCGCUCUCAAAAAGGCCAUCAACUUCUCUGCCCGUAUGCAGCAGGAUGCCUUUCAGUCCAUUCUCGACCGAUCGAACCUCAGCGCAGACAAGGAUGUCUUCAAUUACUUCCCUCCAGAGAUCCUUGAGAAGAUUGUGACGUUUCUCCCGUCUCCCAAUGUUCACUCUCUUCGCCUUGCAUCUCGUGUGUUUGCAACCCUCAGCCUGUCCGAACGCUUCUGGGUUUCACGAUUUACAGAGGGACACGAGUUUGACUGCCUUCCUGAGGUGUUCGCUACUCCUCCGACAUCAUGGAGGGCCCUAUUUCUCUCACUUCACAUCUGGGCGUCUGAUAACAUGGGAAUGGGCAACCGUAAACGAAUCUGGCCGCUUGUCAAAGACUUCCACGAAACACUUGGCCAGAUGAAAGACGUAGAUUGCCUUGGGAACAUCAUCAACACGACUUUCGAGCCCGAGGCACCAAAGUCCAUGCCGAAACGCGAGUCCUUAAUGACUGCAGAAAGAUACAUUUCCGAACCUGUAACUCACUUCAUGGGCGGCUCCCGGGCACUCCGAGCCCGGUUCGCAGAAUUCCCCCAGAAACUUAGGAUAAUGCUCAUGUCUGUAUCAUUUUUCGAUACUCCAGAUGGGGAAUAUAUCUCUGGUCUCAUGUUUGUUGGCGCCGAUGGCGUUUUCGAGUCUCUUGGAUACACUCACAAAUCACAAAUGGAACACAUAACACUCUCCGAGGAUCAAUGUGUCAAAGGAUUCGAAGUGGCCCUAGAUGUGUGUGGCUUUCGGGCAAUUGCGGCAAUCACUGAGGAUGGUACCACGUCCUCGUGGGCUGGAGAUCCGUCAGACCACCCCAGGAGACGUCUCACCGAUGUAGAGGGCAUUUCUCUCAUCAUUGCUGAAUUCGAUGCACUUAAGCUGGUGUCGCUCAGUCGGGAUCGUAUAACAAAGAAUUUAGAACCGAGGGAUAGAUUGCUCUGGCAUCCCGAAAUCCCAUCUCCUGAAUUAUUCUUGGAUGGAGUCCUACCCUUGGACGAAAAGAGGAGCUCAAAUGUUCCCAUCACGACGGUUUUCUUUGGAGAAAACGACGGUCGAUACAUAAGACAAAUGGACUCGAUAGACACCCACAUCUACGACUGGUGUCACGUUGACCGCCUCAGCUUUGAGUUUAUGGACGAUAGCAUUCAGCGAUGUCUUGGGGAUGUCGAAUAUGAAACAGAGCACUGCGAUCGUGCCCCGAUAAGAUUCCCAGACCACGGCAGUUCUAUGGGGCACAUGGAAAUUGACGGUGGAAGUGGCGAGGAGAUUGAGAGUUUCGAGGUUCAGUUUGACAAAGGUAUUAUCAUUGGACUCAAGUUCAAUCUCAACACCAAUCGCACUGAGCUUGUGAGUAAUGGCGACGAUCCCUUUGAUUUGCCGUGGACCAAGGUUACUCCGCGUGGUAAAAGGAUCAUUGGCAUGUUUUCUCAAGGCACUGAGACUGGAUGGGGCGCUAAGACGUUCCACAAUCUGGGCUUCAUUUCUACUAACGACGAACAGGGAUAA